AUGGCCGACCACAACUACAACCACGAUCUCGACUCCAGCAACAAGCGAUCGACCUCACGUACGCGCAACUCACGUCCCACAACACCGAUGCGCCCGACGACGCCACUGCGCCCAUCGUCGCGCUCCUCUUUUCGCGAAUCUGCCCGUGACAGCGUCCAUGGCGGCGGCGAGUCUUUCCCCCUAAACACCUUCGAGCCGGCCUUCGCCGAGCUUUCGGACGCCGUCGCCGACCUCGAGGCCAACAUGAUGCAUUUUCAGCUAAUGCAUGAGAGCUUGGCCCGUUUCAGCGAGUCGUUUGCAAGCUUUCUGUAUGGUCUGAACAUGAACGCCUUUUGCGUCGACUUUCAGGAGGGUCCUGUUGCAGAGUCUUUCCGGCGCGCAAAGCAGCAUGAAGAGUCGAACGAAUUCCUCGUGCACAAGAGAAAACCGCCCCCGAGAAUGACGGCGAAACGACUUUUAUGUAUCUAUGACCAUCCUAUCUUCAAAUCGGAGGCUCCGGCAGCAUCCUUCUAA